GUGGUGCGGUGGUGGACACAAACUGGAUGGGACAGAGCAGCGCUACAUGGGGGACGCAGGCGACAGCGGCUUGGUACCACCGCUCCGACCAACCGCGGGGACCGAUUCUCUCCUCUCAUCCGCUCGCGGCGCCCCUCUGUCGGGCACUGACUUGAUGAAAUAACCAAGCCCCGCGUGAACACAUCGCCUUUGAGCGUCUCCUGUCUCUGAGCAUGGACUGACCACAAAUAACCCUCUGGAUGAUUUGAUGGGGCUGCUCAGAGUCAUGAUGCCGCCCAAGUUGCAGCUUUUGGCGCUGCUGGCGUUCGCCGUGGCCAUGUUCUUCCUGGAGAACCAGAUCCAGAAGCUGGAGGAGUCCAGGGGGAAGCUCGAGCGCGCCAUCGCCAGGCACGAGGUGCGAGAGAUCGAGCAGCGGCACGCGCAGGACGGCCUGCGGGAACGGGACUCGCCGGCCUCGCCGCCGUCCGAGGGCGAGGACGACAUCGUCAUUAUUUACAACCGCGUGCCCAAGACGGCCAGCACCUCCUUCACGAACAUCGCCUACGACCUGUGCGGGAAGAACCACUAUCACGUCCUGCACAUCAACACCACCAAGAACAACCCGGUCAUGUCCAUACAGGACCAGGUACGAUUUGUGAAAAAUGUGACCGAGUGGAGGGAAAUGAAGCCGGCCUUCUACCACGGACACGUCUCCUUCCUGGACUUCACCAAGUUUGGGGUCAAGAGGAAGCCCAUCUACAUAAACGUGAUCCGGGACCCCAUUGAAAGGCUGGUGUCCUAUUAUUACUUCCUGCGUUUCGGGGACGACUACAGGCCCGGUUUGAGACGCAGGAAACAAGGAGACAAGAAGACGUUCGAUGAAUGUGUAUCAGCCGGCGGCUCCGAUUGUGCUCCUGAGAAGCUCUGGCUCCAGAUUCCCUUUUUCUGUGGUCACUACUCUGAAUGCUGGAACGUGGGCAGCCAGUGGGCUCUGGAGCAGGCGAAAUACAACCUGGUGAAUGAAUACAUGCUGGUUGGAUUAACGGAGGAGCUGGAGGACUUUGUCAUGAUGCUGGAGGCCGCGCUGCCCCGCUUCUUCAAAGGAGCCACUGAGCUGUACAAAACAGGGAAGAAAUCCCACCUGAGGAAGACCAGCGAGAAGAAGCCGCCCACGAGGGAGUCGAUCGCCAAGCUGCAGCAGUCGGCCAUCUGGAAGAUGGAGAACGAAUUCUACGAGUUUGCGCUGGAGCAGUUCCAGUUCGUCAGGGCACAUGCUGUACGAGAGAAGGACGGGGAGCUCUACCUGCUGGCACAGAACUUCUUCUAUGAGAAAAUCUACCCCAAAAACUGAAGAGGCACGUGUCCGCAGAAGAGGACACUUGGUGCAGGCUCGAUGCGGUCUGCCAUGGGGAGGAGGGAGGGGAGGGGGGGCGUGAGAGUAAUGGACUGACAGGUGACUGUUUGUACUUGAGAACAUGGCGCUGCAGAACAACCGCCCUCUGGUGACAGCUGCCUCGUCCGUGCGCCGGCCAACUGGACGGGACGGGGCGCUUGUGUUUCGUUGGCGGGUUGUUGUGUUCCCAGCAGCCCCGGGGCCUCCACCCCCCCCCCCCCCCUCUCACUUCCAUACCAAAAGGUCGUCGGGGCUGGAGAACCUCUGCCGGCACGUGUCUGGAGAUGCCCUCUCCCGAUUGGCUUCUCUGUCUGACGCGGUUUGGUUGGCUCUGUACGGUUUGGUUGUAUUUUAACUUUUUUUUUCUGCCUAUGACGACAUGUUUCACGGUGACACAACAUCUCCAUAACUCAGCGCCACCGCUUACUACUAACUUAUAGAGAUUUCAAGUGUAAGAAACUGACUACUGUGCUGUAUUAUUGGACUUGAAUGCAAGCGUUUUCGGUUUUGAUGAAAUAAAAAUCUAGUGACCAUGGAUUAUAUAUACAAGUGCGUAUGUUUUAUACGGUACUUGAUUGUCUUUUGUUGGUUGUAAUUGAGCAGCUUUGCCCAGACGCUGUUCCUCCGUAAAGAAAGACGACAUUAUGAUAUUGAAAUGUGGAAGAACAAUAUGGUGAAGCUGCAGCUGCUGUAAAUAUUUACUACUUUUUCCAGUCUGAUUCAUUCACAUGCAGAUUUGCUACAAUAUAAGGUUGAUCCAUUUCUACAGCGAGUUUAUUCAUUUCAUUCUUUAGUCUCCAUUUGAUUUUCUGGAAGUUCUUUUCAUUGUCAACCAGACGGACUGAAAUAUGCCAACGUUUUGGGAAGAGCUUUAAUUUGCUUCCUUGUCGAGAGUUUAAUCAGGAGAUGGUGAUGUAAUUCACUCAGAUAAAAAUCUUUGGUUUUCUUAGCGGUUCUCCAAAUACAAAUGGUAGGUUGGUAAUAACUUUGAUAAUUGGCUUGUGUAGUUGUCAUCUCUUGUUCCUUUAACAUUGGGGUUUUAAGGCAUUUUAUUGGCUCAUUUAAAGAUCACCCUUUAAAAGAUGGCUUACUAAACGUUUAAAGUGACAUAAUGUUGUAUCCUCAACUAAUUCACUCGAAAGAGCUACGGAGAUGUUUCAUACUGGAUGUACAGCCACAUUACAAAGGUAAUUGUAUUCAUCUGAGGACGUUUUUGUGUGCCUUCCACACACACACACACACACAGCUCGCCUUGUCUUGUCAGAUGGAAAGUGACUUGUUUUUGUCUGGAUUGCCAAACAAAAUAUACAGAUUUUUUUUUUUUUUUACUUCAAGCGAUGCACGUGUGUUCUUUUAUUUAGUUUCAAUGUUGGUGCGUCAUCAUCAAGUCGAACAGAGCAGGGAGUGGUGAAGACAAAUAAAGCUGCUGCUGCUGUAAGAAUGAAACCUGCAUUAUUCCAGAACUGGUGUCCUGCAGAGGGAGAUAAAGAGCUGCCCGCUCUGCUCCUGCCUCCCACUGCGUUUCGUGUUUGUCAUUGUGAUGGCAGUAUUUAAAAUAUGUUCGGGGCAUUAAACCUAAUUUAAGUCACUUAUGUCUCAGCUGAGAAAGGGAGAUCAAGCUAGAGCACUGGAACUAGACACCAUUGAGAGUGUUUAUAAGGCCAGUGCUGCUGCUCAGCCCGCUCUCAGAUAAUCCCUGGACAGUCAACAAUUGCACUCAUCCCCAUUAAUCUCAGUUUGUUUUCCAGUUACAGCUUCCUGGUUUUGUCCCUCUGACCCAAACAAACGUGGAGGUUCCCCCUCGUAACGAGCAGACUGGCACAGCGCUUCAACCCCUCUGAGGCUUUUUAUGUGGUUGGAAAAGGAAAAGAAUCAGAGGUGGCUGCUGUCGGCAAUUGUAUCUAAAACACCUUGUUCCAGAUUUUGUACGUUUUCUUAGUUUUUACGAGAUUAUUAUUUCCAUAUUCAGCUACUAUUGUGUUUGGCUGCUAUGAACCAGUAAACCAUCAAAAUUGA